AUGUUUCAUAGCGUACGAACAUCUGUGUACAGGUGUAGUAGUGCUUCUAUGUUGUUAAGGGUCACUGUUAGAAAGGCUGCAAUGAGACCAAACGUAUUAAUCGGAUGUAGUCGUCUGUACUCAUCAAAACAAUCUGGUGCUUCCAAUACUACAUCGACAAAAACUAAUCAACCCACAAUAGAUUUUUCGAAGCUCUCCAGGGAUGAGAUUCGUAAACUACAUGAAUUAAAGACAGCUGAAAGACUAAAAACUAAAAAUAGGUCGAUCGCAUUAUAUUUUUCAAGUAUUGCUGUUGUGUUUUUAGGGUUAGCAUAUGCUGCUGUUCCAUUAUAUAGAGCCAUUUGUGCACGUACAGGGUUUGGUGGUAUUCCAAUUACAGAUAGAAGGAAAUUCACUGAUGAUAAACUAGUUCCUGUGGAUAUAGACAAGAGAUUAAGGGUUUCCUUCACAAGUGAAGUUUCUCAGAUUUUGCCUUGGAAGUUUGUACCACAACAGCGUGAAGUGUACGUAUUACCUGGUGAAACAGCAUUGGCAUUCUACAAAGCUAAGAAUAACAGUGAUAAAGAUAUCAUUGGGAUGGCUACAUAUAGUAUUACUCCAGGUGAUGCAGCCCAAUAUUUUAACAAGAUUCAAUGUUUCUGUUUUGAAGAACAAAAAUUAGCAGCUGGUGAAGAGGUUGAUAUGCCUGUAUUUUUCUUUAUCGACCCCGAAUUUGCUACAGAUCCUUCCAUGAGAAAUAUAGAUGAUAUUGUACUACAUUAUACAUUCUUUAGAGCCCAUUAUGGUGACGGAUCUGCUGUUAGUGAGGCAGCUUCGAAAGGUGAGGCCAUUUCUCCAGAAGAACAACAACAGAUGUUAGCUAACGCCACCAUCCUAAGUCCCAACGACCUUAAAGACGAAUAA